GACGAGGAGGUAAAAAAACUACCCUCUAGCGAGAUCUACAGAAUGUUCGAAGAUAAUGUGCAGAAUGCUGAUUGUACACUUAAACGAAGUAUAGAAAGUGAACUACAGAACCAUAUUUAUUUUGGAAAACAUAAGAAAGGAAUUGAAAAAGCUUGGUGUCGCGCAUUAACAAUGAGGAAGGAUGACAGUGCAUUAUACAGUGAACGUUGUACUUUUCUAUACUAUUGGAUAGGUAGUAAAGUAAAGGGAGCAUUCAAUAGUUCCAUGUUCCCAACUAUGACCAACGUACUUUAUAAAUAUUUGCAGACAUACGGGUUUAGCGGUGAGUGCACCAAUAUAUGCACUAAUAUUAGUGAAGACCUUUUCACAUGGGGGAAAAAAAUAUUUGAUUACUCCCAUAACCAUAAUACUAUAGAAUAA